AUGGCGCUUGAGGAUGAGCUGUCGUGUACUGUGUGCACUGAAUUUUUUCGUGAUCCGGUGUUAUUGGGCUGUGGACACAGUUUUUGCCGUCAGUGCAUUAAUUUACACUGGGCUGUGAGUAGCUUCAGAAGAUGUUACAUCUGUCAGCAGGUGUCACCGCAGGAACCAGUGUCCAAUCUGAGCCUGAGAAACACCUGUGAGUCUUACCUGAGAGAGAAAAACACGAGGACAGAGAGCAGUGGAGGCCAUGAGUGUUCGAAACACGGAGAGGUGAUCAGACUGUUCUGUCAAACAGAUGGAAAGGCCAUAUGUGUAACGUGCAAGAAACAAGAACACAACGGACACAAAACACAACUGCUUCAACAAGCUGUAAAACAACACAAGGGGAAGCUGAAAGCAGAGAUUCGUCCCGCUGAGAAGACCUUGUUGUCAUUGCAGAAUGGCACAGCACUAGAUAACAAAAUCUCCAAGUAUAUUCAGUCUCAAACUCAGAUGACAGAGAGAACUAUCAGGACAGAGUUUGAGAAACUGCAUCAGUUCCUCAGACAGGAGGAGGAGAGCAGGAUAUCAGCUCUAAAUGAAGAAAAGAAAGAAAAGGGAGACAAGAUAGAAAGAAGAAUACAAGACGGAAUUAUGUCUCUCUCUGACAGAGUCAAAGAAGUGGAAGAACAAAUUGAGGAUGAUGACAUCACCUUCCUGAAGAAUUAUGAGAGCAUUCAAAACAGAGCUAAAUACACGCUUCCAGAUGCAGAACUGAGUUCAAAAACUCUUAUCGAUGUUCCAAAACAUCUGGGCAACUUGAAGUACCAAGUGUGGGAGAAGAUGAAGGACAUCUGCCCUUACUAUCCCGUGAUCCUGAACCCAAACACAUCACUACCAGACUUCUCUGUGUCAGAUGAUCUGACCUCUGUGACCUCAUGUCUCUUUCAGCAGGACAAGCAUAACCCUUUUCCUCAGCACAGGAACUGUGUGGUGUUGGGGAGUGUGGGAUACACUGAUGGCACCCACACAUGGGAAAUUGAGGUGGGAAACAAUCAAUAUUGGAGCCUUGGUGUGUGCUUAGGUUCAGUGGAAACAUCUGAUGUGUAUACUUUGACCCCUGCAAAAGGCUUCUGGGGUAUUAGACGCUUUGGAUCCUUAUUUGAAUUGAUGAAUGCUCAGAUAUCUAGAUUAAAGACGAAGGGAAAUCUAGAGGUAGUCCGAGUAAAGCUUGACUACCGUUGUGAUGAGAAAGGGAGAUAUUGGUAUGUGAGAUUUUUUGAUGCAGGGAAUGAUUACUUGAUUGCAGAAUUUAAUGCAGUGCCAGGAUCAAAACUCUUUCCCUUCGUGAUCCCAGAAGAUUUGUCCGCCCCUCUGCGUAUUGUUCCAGCUAACAUUACUCUGACUGUUGAACAGAAAUUGCCGUUCCUGGAGAGACAUUUGGUCAUUAUCAUGAUCUGUCUGUGUUUUGUCAUGGCUCUAAUGUUCCUGAUUCUGCCAAGACACCAGCAGAAAUCUAUCAGUAAUUAG